AUGGUACUACGGGAUAAGAAGAACCCUGCCAAGGUGUUCAAGUACAAGUUUCCGUACGAUUCAGAGUGGGAACUUCCUCGUGAAAAUGUGGUUUUGGGGAAAAUGCUUACAAAAGGAGUGUUUGGGAAGGUUUUCCUGGCGACUACGAGUGGAUUGGUUGGAGGAGCUGUCGCUGAGGUGGCAGUUAGGAUGUUGAACGCUGAACACAGCGAUGAAGACGUGGAGGACUUGGUGCACGAGUUGGAGGUUAUGAAGAUGGUUGGACGUCAUCCGAAUAUCGUCAACUUGCUGGGAUGCUGCAGCAAGGAUGGACCACUGUACGUAAUCGUCGACUAUGCAGCCCAUGGCAAUCUUCAGAGCUUCUUGAGGAAGCAUCGAUUUAAGUCAGAUAUCGACCAGGAUGACAAGUUGGUAAUUUCUCAAAACCAGCUGCUGUCAUAUGUGGCCCAAAUCGCUUCCGGAAUGGAAUACCUCGCCUCAAUAGACUGCUUCCAUCGGGAUCUGCGAGCUCGGAACGUGCUGGUCUGCGAAGGUUACACCAUAAAGAUCACCGACUACGGCCGGGAUGUCUACAAUCUGGACCGUUUCCCCAAGACCUCGUCCGGAAAGGUUCCGAUCCAGUGGAUGGCACCGGAAUCACUGCUGGAGUACACCUUCGACGAGAAGAGCGAUGUCUGGGCGUUUGGAGUGACGUUCUGGGAGGUCAUGACUCUUGGUGGAGUUCCGUAUCCAGAGCUUGCAGACUGCGGACAGUUGAUUGAGUUUUUGAAGCAAGGAAAGCGUUUGGAGCAGCCGAGAAGCUGCCCUGAUGAAGCUUACUCAAUCAUGAGCGAUUGCUGGCAGAUUAAGGCCGUUUGCCGUCCAAGAUUUUGUGAAUUAGUUCGAGAUUUGCAUCAGUUUGAUGUUUGA